AUGGCAAAAGGCAACACUCAUGGCUUGGAUUGUCUGUUUCUCUGUUUUUGCUUAUUUGGGCUAUUUUCAGUUCCUGUCAAAGCUGCUUUAAAGAAAUACCAGUUCGAUAUACAAGUGAAGAAUGUUAGUAGGCUAUGCCAUGCCAAGCCCAUUGUUACUGUUAAUGGGAUGUUUCCAGGACCUACAAUUUAUGCUAGAGAAGGAGAUAGAGUUUUGGUUAAUGUUACAAACUAUGCAAGAUAUAACAUGUCCAUUCAUUGGCAUGGAUUAAAGCAAUAUCGAAAUGGGUGGGCAGAUGGACCAGCUUAUAUCACACAGUGUCCUAUUAAAACUGGGAAAAGUUACACCUACGAUUUUAAUAUAACAGGACAAAGAGGAACACUUUGGUGGCACGCCCACAUCUUUUGGCUAAGGGCCACAGUUUAUGGUGCAAUUGUCAUCCUCCCCAAACAAGGAACUCUUUUCCCUUUUCCACAACCUUAUAGGGAAGCUAAUAUUCUCUUAGGAGAGUGGUGGAAUAACGAUGUUGAAGAUGUUGUAAAGCAAGGAAACAAAUUGGGUUUGCCUCCAAAUACUUCAGAUGCACACACCAUUAAUGGCAAGCCAGGACCUCUCUCCCCUUGUUCUGAAAAACAUACUUUUGCAUUGGAAGUUGAACAGGGAAAGACCUAUCUACUAAGAAUUAUCAAUGCUGCACUUAAUGAUGAGCUGUUCUUUGCCAUCGCCGAACAUAACAUGACGGUGGUAGAGAUUGAUGCAGUGUAUACGAAGCCAUUUACUACCCAAGCAAUUUUAAUAGCACCAGGACAGACCACAAAUGUACUUGUCCAAACCAACCAAGCUCCUGGCAGAUAUUUCAUGGCUGCUAGGCCUUUCAUGGACGCACCACUUUCCAUCGACAACAAAAGUGCCAUGGCUAUACUUCAAUACAAAGGAAUUCCAAACUCUGUGAUUCCAAUCCUUCCCCAAAUCCCAGCUCCCGAUGAUACAGAGUUUGCUCUGACCUAUAAUUCAAAGCUUAGAAGUUUGAACUCCCCUGCUUUCCCAGCAACUGUACCUCUCAAAGUUGACAGACACCUUUUCUACACUAUUGGUUUGGGAAUCAACCAAUGCCUGACUUGCCUCAAUGGAACAAGGCUCACUGCUUCUUUGAACAACAUCACUUUUGUGAUGCCCCGGAUUGGUCUUCUUCAAGCUCACUAUUACAACAUCAAAGGAGUGUUUACAACCGAUUUUCCUGAUCGUCCUCCGAUGCCUUUUAACUACACGGGAGCACCAUUGACGGCUAACCUUGGCACCACAUUAGGCACCAGAGUUAGCAAGAUUGCUUUCAAUUCAAGUGUGGAGUUGAUACUUCAAGAUACCAAUCUUCUCACUGUGGAAUCCCAUCCAUUCCACCUCCAUGGCUAUAAUUUCUUUGUUGUUGGUAGUGGAAUAGGGAAUUUCGAUCCUAAAAGCGACCGGGCUAAGUUCAACUUGGUUGAUCCACCUGAAAGAAACACAGUUGGAGUACCAACCGGUGGAUGGGCGGCUAUAAGGUUCAGGGCUGACAAUCCAGGAGUGUGGUUCAUGCAUUGUCAUUUGGAGCUUCACACUGGUUGGGGUUUGAAAACUGCUUUUGUUGUGGAAAAUGGGAAAGGCAGAGACCAAUCUAUUUCGCCUCCCCCUAAAGACCUUCCACCUUGUUAG